AUGCCGUUCCGUGUACGCAACAACUGCAACAGUCGGCCGUCGCAUACGUCGAGAAGAAGUAUACGUGACUUGUGCGCACUCUCUGUCGUCGGCAGUUAAUAUAUUUUCUUAACUUAAAUUCACAACCGGUUCGCCAGUGAAACCAAACAGAAGUUGUGUCUGAAAUUUUAGUCGACUAAAAAGUACAUCUCCCACAUAAGCUGUACAUUAGAAUUUUAUUUAUACAUUUUUUUUUUGUGUGCGAUUUUUCGGUUUUAAGUGAAUUUGGAUUAGUAUCAAACAUUGACAUUUCGAUAAUUAUUAUUUUUGUGUUCAACCACACGAUGCACGGAUAAUCUUUAAGAUUUGUAGCGAUCAUUUAUUGGCGUCAACACCGUUAAUAUAAUAAGAAAAAAUGGUAGCCGACACUAGUAGUUAUCACCACCAAAAGCAACAGCAACUUCAACAGCAACAACAAAAACACCAUCAAUUAGGUCACCAUCAACAACAAAACAACAUGCAAUAUUGCAGUGACAUGGAACAAUCAGGCGGACCAGGCAGUGUGCGUUAUGACUCUGUCUCUCCUGGACCUGAAUCACCUGGUGGAGAAUCUUAUCCUCCUGGUUACGAUCUUGCGUCCCAUUUACAGCGCAAAGAGUUUUUCGCUCAACGCAAACAACGAGAAUUCAUUCCAGACAAUAAAAAAGAUGAAAGUUACUGGGAUAGGAGACGACGAAAUAAUGAAGCUGCAAAGAGAUCUAGAGAAAAGAGGAGGUUUAACGAUAUGAUUCUUGAACAGCGAGUAGUGGAACUAAGCAAAGAAAAUCAUGUUCUUAAGGCGCAAUUGACUGCUAUCAAAGAUAAGUUUGGCAUUAGCGGAGAAGCUGUUGUUAGUGUUGAACAAGUAAUGGCUUCAUUACCCACCAAUGAACAGGUGUUAAGCAUCACCAAACGUCCAAAAUUAUCUUCAUCAUAUCCACAGAACCCUAUCCCAACUUCAGUUAUCCAUCAACCAGUUCAAUCGACUACACCAAAGUUAAAUGGAAACGGUACUAUGAGUUAUUACGGUCAGUCCGACUGUGUGUUGGAUCAACAGGAUCGAUCCAAUGGCAGUAGUAAUGGUAGUCUAAGUGGUAGUAUGGUACCAGCAGUGACAUCCGCCGCAGUGGCAGUUGCAGCAGCAGCUGGUUACUCACCAUACACAUUUACACCAGUUUUGCCACCACUUCAGCCACCAUCUUUUGAGUCAGCAGCAAAUAGCGUUCUUAACCUAAGCCGACGACCACCUUCUCCGUAUGAAUUGAGUAGUGGAAGCGGUGAUGAUACAUCAUCUUGUGUGCCCAUUUCACUAGCUUUUGUAGCUGCUGCCGCAGCUGCAGCUGGAUCUGGUCAUCAUAAUAAUAACAAUAAUUGUUUGCCUCAUAAAUUACGACAUAAGUCACAUCUUGGGGAUAAGGAUGUAGCAGCUACUGCUCUUCUGUCGUUGCAAGCUAUAAAGCAAGAACCAGGAAACAGCCGAGCUAGCCCGCCCUGGGAUGCCGAAGGUAGUAGCGAUGAGCGUGACUCAGGAAUCAGUUUGGGUGCUGAAUGGGGCGUGAGACCGGCCGCAGGUUGUCCCACAUCAGCAGCACCUAGAGCUGUUGCUAUGCAGUCACCUCCAACGUCUGCCGCUACCGCCGCUAUCGGUUCAAUUGUAGCUGGUGAACCAGCAGACACUGUCGCUGCAGCUGUUGCUGCAGCUGCUGCCGCUGGAGCUGAUGAUACCAGACUUAAAUCAGAAGUAGCCCGUUUAGCGUCUGAAGUUGCCAAUCUUAAAAGUAUCCUUUCCCGGAAGGCCAACACCGGAUCGGCGAGUCAACAGCAACAACAACAAUCCACCGUUGCUGUUAAUUGAUAAUUUUGAAAGUAGUUCAAAAAUACUUCACCCGAGUAAAUCUGAUGUGUUUCAAUACAAAUAAUGUACUAUAAAUCCAUCAAAUGGUAUUGAUAGUGCCUAGUUUUAGUUUGAGUUUAUUUUUAAUAUUUAUUUUAGUAUGUGACGCAAUUUUAUUGUAGAUAGAAAAGUGAAAAUGUGAAAUAAAAAAAUGUUAUAGUAUUGCCCACCGAAAUUAAUUAAUGAAAUUACUUAAUUUAUAACGUAAUCAUUCGUCAAAUAGCCAUAUACCUAGACUAUGCGAGAGUAGUGGUAAUAACUUGUGUCCACCAAGGUGAUAACCUUGGUUUUUUAUCGUGUAUUUCGGCUUAGGAAAGAAAGACAAAAGAUAGAUCGAAAAAAGUCGAAAAAAUAAAAACAUUGGAACGGACAGGAUAAUAGACGUUACCUUAAGCUACAAAAAAAAAAAAAAAAUGUUAAAAAAAACAACAUAAGAUCUGUGAUGUAAAAUUUAAUAUUGUUAUACGAACAUUUUCGAACAAUAUAAAAGCCUAUUAGAAAACUUAUAUAAUACCCGUAAAACUUGUAUACAUAAUCGUAUUUUUGCUAUAAUAAAAAAAAUUGUAAUAAUAUAAUGAACUGUGCAUAUAUGUACUUAGCACUAAUAUCUAAUGCUAUGAUAGUUGUUGUUUUUACGUCUUUAAAAAUCAUUAUUCUUAUCUAGAAACAUAUUAAAAUAGUACGACGAUUGUAGUUCGAAAAAAAUUUAAAUAAUAUUAAAAAAAAGUCUGUGAUAAACGUUCUUAUUACCCUUGUUCUGUUAGUGUUUUAUUUUUUUUACUUUGUUAAAACUUAAUUGAUUUUUAUGUUAAAUAUUUUUAAGUAUACAUUAUUUUGUAACGAUUAUAUAAUACAUUUAUAAAAAAGUAUAUAAUAUAUACUUAGUGUACAUAUUUUUAUUAUGGUUAUAAUUAUUUUAAAUUAUAUAUAGUAUAUAUAAAUAUAUAUAUAUAUAUAUAUAUAUAUUUACGUAAGUUAUGCAUAUUGUCAAACAUAUGAUAUUUAUUUAAUUUAUUAAUUGCUUAUUAUGUAAGUAUUGUAGUUAUACAGUACUAAUUUUUCUUACUAUUAUUAAUAAUAUUCUUAUCAAAGAUGUUUAAUCUAAAUAUAAUAUUAUUAAAUUAUUGUACUGUAGAGUGUUUAUAUUUAAACGGCUUAGAUUGUUAUUGUUUUGUACUAUAAAUAUAUUCAAAUAUAUUUAUUUUUAAAAUAUA